GUAGUCUGACCGCCUAUUCCGACGCCCUUGUGUAUAAUGGUUUAUUCGCUUGUAUCAACGCUAGGCGUCGCUGCCACCCUAUCGAGCAUGGCCCUCCUGGCCCUAACUGUUGAUGCACAUCAGAUCGUGCUGUUGCCUGAGCCCCAGUGGACGACCAACGACAAAGAAACCAAGUAUAACCCGCUCGCUUUCCUCGAAAACGAAGGCUUCACGACCCAGGAGGACUUUACAGCCUGGCGCAAAGAGAAUGGCUACAAGUCGCUUCGUGACUUCUUGGACAACGCCAAAUACCCGGUCACAGAUGGUGCUGACUUCAAAUGCGGUUUUACGGACCCCAAGGGCACCCCGCAGCCCAUUCCGGCGGGCAACGCCAUGCGUUCCACCGGAUACACGCACGAUGGCCCGUGUGAAGUGUGGCUCGACGAUACUAUGGUGCUUGACGGCGACAACUGUCACGAGAAGUUCCCUGGCAAGGACUACACUGUGGACUACUCGUCGUGCAAGGGCACGUGCACGCUUUACUGGUACUGGCUAGGUGUGCGUUUCCUGAAGAACGACUACUCGUGGCAAGUAUACAAGGCCUGCAUUCCAUUGACGGGAGGCUCAGGAGGGACCACUGGAUCGGUGGCGACUGGAUCUGGAUCCCAGAAAAACCUUCGUUAGUAAGCUGAAUGGGGGCUGAUCACUUCUUCGUGGAAGCUUUGGUGUCACGCAGGGGACCAGAUCGAUGCGUAAUCUUCGCAACUAGUGCGUGUCGUACUUGGCUGCAUCACCACGGCCCUCGUUCUGCGGAGUGGCGAUCUGUCCUGUCACGUGGAGAUUAGCAGAACGCGUAC